AUGGCUGCCCCCACCCUAUCCGCCAUGAUCGACCCGACAAAGCAAGCCGAAUACCCAAUUGUGCUGGGUGAGAGACUCGCCCAGGACCCGGACACCAGCCGGCUGGUCAACAUCAACUACAACUACAAGUCCAAGUCCGCCACACCACAGCAGCGCUCAACCAUCACCCACUCCCAAUCCUCUGACCUGUACGACCUCGCCGUCACCGAUAAGGCCCCGAACGCCGAUCACACCUUGGCCUACUCGUACAAAGGCAGCGAAGAUCCCUCCGCCGAACGAAGCCUGGUCCUGAUCUUCGACCCGGAACGGAAAGUCUUUGUCCUCGAGCCAGUCUCGACAUCCUUGAACUUUAACCUACGGUCGGCGCCCGGGAAGACCGAAAAGCAAGUCCGCGAACAAUACGAACAACUUCAAAUCAAGGAGGAAGAUGAGCCCGCAACCUCCAGCGAUGACCGCCACACAGGCAGUACCAGUGAAGACGAGGGUCCCGCCGACGACAGCAACCCGUACGAUUUCCGCCAUUUCCUCCCCAAGAACCGCAAGGAAGACGACAAGCCUACUUCCGGACAGACUACCCCAGAACCAAUUCCCAGCAGAGCACCUACACCUGUGAUGCCUGCUUCCCGACCUGCUCCGAAACCCGCGCCUCGGCCCAAGACACAAGCGAACCCGCUGCGACAGAAGAAGGCCCCGAAACCACAACCCAAGGCCGCUCCGAGACCUGAGCCUGCGAGGCAACCUGACCGGUCUGAACACGGACAUAAGGAUUCGCGUCCGUCGCCGUCGCCGUCGGUGUCUGAUGCAGGAACGGGGUCGCAGCAGACUGGGGCGCAAUCACCGGACUCAAACAUUAUUGUUGAUGGGGAUCUUAUUAUUGAUAUGGGCUCUCCGCCGCCACAACGGUCGUUCCAGGUCAAUCCUGCCUACUUUUCGUCUAAUAAUACUCCGGCCGAUGGAGAUGAACAAGAAGAUAUCGGGGAGUUCAGUCUGCCUUCUCCGGCUGGCAAUGAUGCACCGCCUAUAUCGUCUACUCAUACCGGCGCGGCUGCUCAAGAGGACGAGGUUGAAGAGGAUGAUGAUCUGGCGGCGGAGAUGGAGGCUGCUUUCGAGCAGAGUGCUCGCGAGGAGGAAGCCCGUCACCAAUAUGGUCAGCCACCAGCUAGACAGUAUGUUCCCAGUGACGAUGAGAGUGAAGUCAGUGAGGAAGAGUAA